AUGAUUAAUCUAGGUCCCGGGAACGAUUUACGAGAAAUGUUCAUCAAGGUUCCAUUCCCGCUGUCCAUAAAAGUGUACCUAUUCAACGUGACGAAUCCAAUGGAAAUUCAAAAUGGAGAGAAACCAAUUAUCAAAGAAGUUGGACCGUUUUGCUAUGAAGAAUGGAAAGAAAAAAUAGACGUUACAGAUUUGGAUGCAGAUGACACAAUUUCAUACAAUCCAAAAGAUACUUUUCUGAAGAAAACACGGCCUGGUUGUAGGACUGGCCAGGAAUACAUUACUAUACCACAUCCGAUGAUACUGGGUCUAGUUAAUAUGGUGGUCCGGCAGAAACCAGGAGCUCUUUCCUUAGUCAACAAAGCAAUAAAAUCCAUAUAUGGUAAUCCCUCAUCGAUUUUUGUCACAGCCAAAGCGGAUGAUAUUCUUUAUGAUGGAGUCAUUAUCAAUUGCGGAGUCAGUGAUUUUGCUGGGAAAGCCAUUUGCAGUCAGCUGAAGGGAGCAGAUAUGUUGAAAAAAAUUAGUGAAAAUGAACUGGUGUUUUCUCUUCUUGGACCAGUAAGUUCAAAUGAUGGAAAAAAUCAAAAAAAGAAAUUAUUUAUUCAUUUUUCUAUUGUUGACUGCCACUACAUUAAUUUCAACUUAUAG